CCUUAACAACCGUAUUUGUUGUGCUCCUUACGACGUUUUCUGUCUCAGAUACAUCAACCCAGUCAGAGUUUAUCAAAGAUUUCAAUGGUUACAUGAGCGUUUGCCAGCGUUUUGGCUGGGAACCGAAGAAAAGGUGUCCGUCAGUUGGUAAUGUAAUUGCCUUCCAUGCCGCCAUUAAAUCUCACCUCAGUAAUGUUCCUGUAAACACAAUUAUGAAAUUCGAUGAAGUUUUGCUGAACAAAGGAAAUGGGUAUGAUCCUAAAACAGGCCUUUUUACAGCUCCAGAAGACGGCAUCUACUCCUUUGAGUGGACAUAUCUUUCAUCCAAGAAAUCAACAGUAUACUUAGAGGCAGUGGUAGAUGGUGUACGGAAAGCAUCGUCCUGUGUGAAUGAUCAGCAAAGUAGCCACGUUAGCAUCACAGGACAUUUGGUUUAUGAACUGAAGAAAGGAAACAAAGUCUGGAUACGAACAUUUUAUGUGGCGGCUGGAUACAUGUAUGCUAACUUAUACACGUUUUUCUCAGGAUACAAAUUAGGUACCUUCUAGAUGACGUCGACCAAUAUAUACACAAAUAUUUAUGGAGAAAGGACAUUAAUGAAGUCAGAAUU